UUGAGGGAUUUUGACGUCCGGAGGUGAGUUAGAAUAGAGGGAGCUCCCAGUGUCUGAGAUCCGCCGCGCGGUCCUGGUGGAGAGAACUAGCUAGGCAGCAGGUAGUACAUAGGAUAUAGCUAGGAUGGACGGCCUCCACACGGAGCUCGCGCUGGGGCUGACCGGCGAGCUCCAGACGGCGCCGUUCGUGGCCAAGACGUACCAGCUGGUGAGCGACCCCAGGACGGACGCGCUCGUCAGGUGGGGGAGGGACAACAACAGCUUCCUCGUCACCGACGUCGCCGGCUUCUCGCAGCUCCUCCUCCCCUGCUUCUUCAAGCACGGCAACUUCUCCAGCUUCGUCCGCCAGCUCAACUCUUACGGCUUCCGGAAGGUGCACCCGGACCGAUGGGAGUUCGCGCACGAGUCAUUCCUGCGCGGCCAGACGCAUCUUCUGCCGCGCAUCGUGCGCCGCAAGAAGCGUGGCGAGGCCUCUUGCUCGGCUCUAGUCGGCAGCGGCGAGCAGCACGUGAUGGCCAAUAUAGGAGCGGAAGUGGAGGAGGAAGAGGACGACGAGGGGAGGGAGGCGCUGCUCGAGGAGGUUCGGAGGCUGCGGCAGGAGCAGACGGCUAUCGGGGAGCAGCUGGCGCAGAUGGCCAGGCGACUGCAGGCCACGGAGCGGCGGAGUGACCGGCUCAUGCCCUUACUUGCCCGGCUCGACGAGGAUCCCAGGGCCACCUCCCUCCACCUUCUCCAACAGGCGGCCGAGAAGAAGCGCCAGCACACGCAGUUGCGUUCCCGUGAUUUUGCUUCCUCUCCCAUUGCACCACCGCUUCAACCGGCACCUUCACCGCUAUUGGCUCCCGGGGACGUGGCCAUGGGCGGAGCUAUAGUCUGGCAAUGGGUGGAGCCGAUGUCGCCAACCUUCGAGCAGACCUCCCUGAGCUCCGGGGUGCAGCAGGUGCCGGAGUUCGAGGGCCGCGGCAGCGGCAUGGGCCUAACUGACAGUGGGACCGCGGUGGAGACCCCCUUCCCGUUCUGCCUACUUGGUCAGUGUUUCUUCUAAACACGGCGCGUAGUGCAUGCACAUGCAAUAGUACCUUCUUCUACUUAGUAAUUUAGCAAUCAUUUGUAUCCAUUUUUUUAAGUCGG